AUGGGUGCUGAUUUCCAGUUCAGUGGAUCCUGCAUCUUUCGGACUGGCUCAAACGCCCGAGCUGCGCAAUACGUCCCGAUAUCAAGUCGACCCGGUGAUCACUGCCACAGUCGGGAAAAUGAGCGUGUGUGGAUCGCACGCCUCUUGUGGGUUGGUUUAGGAUCAGGGUUUUUAGCCAACUGCCAGUGGUUCGUCGACCCGAUUAUAGCCCCGACCUCUCACUUUGAUAGCAAAACAUAUGUGCAAUGGGAACCGAGCAAUAAUACCCCGUCCCAGGUGUCCGAUGACGGUCAUGAUGCUCGAAAAUUAGCUCGAAAGCGUACCGUGAUCGCCAACGCAUCUGGUCAGGAACCUGCUCCUCCCACCAACACUGCUGAAGUCCCCACACGUCAGAUACCAAAACCAUCAGGCGGUACCUCAUUGACCUCCACACCUCGUUCCACCUCCAGUGAUCGGUUGCAUGUAGCAUCAUCUUCAAUAUCCUCGAACUCUAGCCAAUCACGUCAUCAAGCGCGUCGGGGUCACCGUGCCUCGUCAAGUAAUUCAGCCGAUAGUCGAGAAGAUGAUGAACGAUCGCAAUCCAGCUCGGGAAAAAAGAUGAAACGAGCUCAUCAUCGACAUCACCGUCAUUCCACGGAUUCCACUGGUGUCUCACCUCUGAACUCUGCCUACUCACCGGUCCGUAAUGCGACAACCAAUGAGAAUCCGCCCUCGUCGACCACAUUUUCUGGCUCCUCUCGUCACAGUCGCAAGUGA